GUAAAGUAGGUGAUAAUAAUGUUUCGUGUUUUUAAAAAAAAAUGAACUGGAAAAUAUUGACAUACUGUUUCAAAGUUUAAAAUAAAAUUGAUAAAAUCAGUAAAGAUCUGGAAAAGGAAAAUCACCACAAGCUCAAAGUUGGAUUCAUUGCAAAUAUUAAGCUCCAUUGUUUGAUUGAAAACCCAGUUAGUGUUGUUAGUGAUUCCAAUGCCUAUCCUUUUCCAUCGAACGGCGGGAAACACGUCCGAUUUCCGGCGGUAUUUUCGCCGGGGGAAGAUACAGAAGCCCCUCCGUCUCCGGAAAUUGGAUGGCUACAUCUAUUGCAUACAGGUGAAUAAAUUCCGUUAAUUUUUUUUCAGCCCUUUAAUGCUGCUUCUCCAUGCUCUCUAUCUGUUCGGCGGAAUGCCUGAGUGACGUUUGUGUUAAUAAUGCCUAUGUCCUGAUCUUGAUUUCUCCUCAUGCUUUGUGCAAUGAGCUCUUAUAAAUGUCGAUUUUAACUUGGAUUGUGUUAAAUUCUUAUGUUGAAUUGCUAUUUUAAUACUAUCUCGUAGGUUUUUGGAAUGUGGAUGAGUUUGACAUGUAGGGAGUGUGUUAGUGCCUAUUUUCAGCUGCUAAGGAACACAUAAUUACUGCUGUUUAUGUCGGAUAUUUUUGUGUGGAAGUCGUACUUUUAGCAGUAGAAGAGUUUGGCGUAAAAUAAUAAAACAAAUAUGCUGCAGGUAACUUUUAAACAAGAUGAUUAAGAUGCUUGUGAGGAUUGUUACUCGAACAAAUAUAAAACAUCCAAGUGUAGAUAGAAAACCAGAACAAUCAUCGAUUCUUAUCACGAUCUUUGGGGAACAUAAUGUGAAAUCUUUUUCUUGGUCUAGUGUAUUCUAAAAGUAACGAACACAAACAAACUCAUUUGGGGGGAUAUUGUUCAAAGUUCAUAUAUAGGUGUAGAUAUAUUUUUCUUGAUUAAAUAUAGAUUUUUUGAAAUUAUGGAUUCCAUCCCAUACCUUGUGUUUUUGGAGAACAUAUAAUCUGUACCUCUGUUUUAAUUGGGAACCACACUCAAGAAUAUAAAUUUUACAAACAGUUGAGAAUGAAAAUCUAAUUGUAAUAAUCAACUAUAACUCACAUUUUACUAACUAAAUUUGAAACUAAUAUUUUUCUGGAAAUAUUGAUUUUGAAAUAAUUAACACCAAUUAUAGAUGAUUAUCUAGAAAAUGAAAAUAUAAAAAUAAAAAAUAUUUAUAAAACACUAAUUAUGAUAUAUAAUAAACCCUAAUUAUAAAUUAUUUAUAAAACCAAAAAACAAAAUACUUAUCAUAUGAAAUAUUGAAGAAAAGAUUAAAAAAGUUAGUAGUGGUAGAGAAAUGGUACACCACAACUUGGUAUAUAAAAUAAAAGAUAUGAAAAGAAAAAAAAAUGAACCAGCACACAGUUUCUGUUUUGUCAAAAUAUGUGAUUUCUUUUCACAUUUACAAAAAUUACUUCCAUAUUGGCCCAUGUUGCCAUGAAAAAAGUGUUCGGAUGGAACUGAGAAUAUAAAUCUGUUGGGUUAGAAUACUGUGCGCUCAACAAUCUUAAUCUGUUUUGUAGUUAAUGAUAGUGUCAUAGAAAAUGUAAUGGGAUACAACAAUGGGCUGAAGCUGGCCCAAAUCAUUGUUUAUCAAAGCAAUCAAAUACAUGUAUAUUUUCAUAAGCUACAUAAUAAAUUUGUGAUGUAUGUUGUUGCCUAAUCUAAUAUGUUUAGAAUUAGUAAGGUGACUUCUUCUCCAUUGUUCAAGAUUGCUAUGACUUAUAAUUGUUUCGUGUGAAAGUACUCUGCCUCAUUCAUGAGUAGUCCUAUUAGUCGACUCUAAAAUAAUGUAAUCCGUAUUAUUUCUAAUAUUUUCUCUGACGUUCUGCUUGCAGUAGAUUAUCCAACUAAUAAGUGGUAUUUGGUAUCAAAGGUAAUUUUUAUGUUCUUUAAUCAAAUACACGUAUGCGAUAAGUUAAUUACACGAAUACAAUAAUAAGAAAAUAGUAGAUUACAAAGGUGGCCAAGUGGCUUCUGAGCAGCUACACAUGUAAACUUAUUCCGAAAUAGAAUAGUGGAAAAUCGCAUUAAUCACACCUUACUUAUAACGCUUGCUCAGAUGCUUGCAUAUGUAACACCUAUCCUCACACGUCACAAGACCUUUAUGGCACCUACACUCACAAUCACUGACCUUACAAUCAUAUACGUGUGAACAAGUGUGUAUCUUUUAGUGAAUCAAUUGUAAUUGUAAAUGAUUAUUACAAAACAAAAAGAUUAAGAAAGCCAGGUGGGAUCAUUCCAAUCAACUUUACUCCAUAUAACAAAAAGAUUAAGAGAGCCAGGUUGGCUGCUAAGCAAUACACACAGGACAAAAAUGACAGUGGGAUCUUUUCAUUUUGUAAUGCACGCGCACUAGCUUGUAUGCCCAGCGCCUUAUAAGAAGCACAGGUUAGUCCAUUGUCUAUUAAUCUUCAGAGUAAAAAUUUUACUAUAAACUAGAGGGAGGAAAUUUCACAGAGAAUAAGCAUAAUUUCAAAGGAUUUGGAGGCCACAGUUUUUCUUUUUUGUGCAGUCUUCGCCAAGAAUUAUUCCCUUGAAGGUAGAUCUGUCGUUUAAAGAAUUUUAAUCACAUAGCUAUACACAAAUGAAGAAAAAUUGCAUCUUUUUUUAUAUAUUUUCAUGAAGGUAUAAACUUAAUUAAUGGUUUAGUUUCUCCGUUGUGUAGUUAAUGAUAGCUUAUAUGUUAUGUUUGAAAUGACUGUAUGUUGAAUUCCAUAGAAGGGAAAGAAGAUCUGGUAUGUUGAUUUUUAUUUUUAUUUUGAUUUUUAUUUUUUUUAAUCAUCUGAUAUGUUGAUAUGUUUGUGAAAUAAUUGUCUGAAUCAAUGGAGUUCACAUUAAUGCUUUAGCAAAUAAAGUAAGAGAGAAAACACAAAUAACUACAGAAAAGUAAAUGUGGAGCAAUCGCUGAAAUUGAGAUUCUUGAUUUUAUUUUGGACAACAUUUCUGAGUAUUUUACGUUCAUACUUUUGGUGAUAAUUCCGUAGUCAUGUUUUCUAUUGACAAAUUUAUUUUAAAAAUAAUGUUGCAAGGAUUAAGUUCAUGAAGCAGUGUUUUUUUUACUGCAUAUUACACAAAAUGUCGAUUUUUAGUUGUAGUGCUUGGAUGUAAUGAUGUCGCAGAUGCGAGUGUGGGACUGUUUUCUUUUCACCAAAUUAUUUUUUUGGAUUCUUCAAUUGUAUGCAUGUUUUAUACUCUCCUGCUUGUAUAUUUCUGAAUAAAAAAUUAAGGGAUAAGUCUUGUAAUGGUAAUAUUGGAUGCAAAAUUCCUAUAUUUUUACUUAUUUUCACAAUUAGUUUUGAUGAGUAAGAGUUGAAUUUUUUUUAUGUUUUACCCUGUUUGAGUAAUCACUUAUGUCAUUCUAAGUACUAUUUCUAAGUAUUUUUAUUUUACAAGUUGUCAUAUUUUCACAUCUGUACAUAUUUUGUUUUGCAUGUAUGUGUAUAUAAAACAAAGCCAUACAUCUAUAGUGCACACAUAUUUUAGUUCUUGAAUAUUUGAGGUACUAAGCAAGAUGAGAUGGAUUUGAAGCUAGUUUUCUCAAUAAAAUUUGAUGUGUUCAAAACUUACAGGUCAUCAUUCUCUGUUCUCAGUCAAGCUUUCCCAGUUGUCUCGAAAAUGGAUUCAGAUCGGACAUCUGACAACUGCUUCUGGACGAUGAGGGUGGAUGAUGCUGCAUCAAAGGAUGCCCGCACAUCUUUGGAUUGGACAAGGGAGGAGGACAAGGCAUUCGUGAUUGCUCUCACAACCCACUAUAAUGAUGCUGAUAUGUGGGGUAAGAUCGCAUUGGCAGUUCCUGGGAAAACAGUUCAAGAUCUAAAACUUCACUAUGAAGCCUUAAGUGUGAUGGCUGUUGAGUCUGGUAAGAUGCCUCUGUUCAUUUAUAUGACCAAAGGCGAUGUUCUGGAAGAGAAGAAGCUGGAGUCAGAGCAAGUGCAACGAGAGGCUCAUUGGACAGAAGAGGAGCACAGGUUCACACUAAUGAACUAACUGACCACAAAUUCUGUGUUUGUUCAUAUGGAAUUGUUGGGAAUAGCAAAGGUGCAGCAGGGCAAGAUAUUGACCUAUUUGUUGAUGGUCAAUAUGAUAUCGGUGCUACCACCGAUAUUUUGGAUGAUGUGGAUCUCUCCAUGUUCCCUCAUUUUCUGGAUUAAAAUGCUUGUCAGGAAGUGUGAGAGUGUAUAGGUGAGGGAAUGGGGAAGUAGUUUGGCCAAGCAAUUUGGAGGAAAUGGAGGAAGAUACGCUGGGAUGAGGCAGUUGUGCAGACAUGAAGAUCUCGGCAGUAUUAGGUUUUAUUCAUUGUCGUCUAUAAAUAGGGAGUCUCUCAUUAGGUUUCGGUAUCUUGGAGAGAUCAAGUAUUUUGACGAUUAAGUUCGUUGGCCUCCUACGUGGGGUUUUCCUUUUUGAUUGUUCAACAAUUACAUAAAUAACAAAGGAUUAAUAUCUCAAA